AUGUCCAGCAGAGAACCAACAGAAGGAAAAAAGAAUGAAAGCAAAGCUGAAGGUCAAAAGAUGUCAAGAUUUAGAACUAGGAAUAAUGCCUCUGUCAUUACACCAGAAAGGAAUGUCUCCAGCCAUCCUUUCCAUGACCUGCUUGCCUGUCCACUGUGUAACCAACUGUUUCUCCAACCAUUUAUGCUGCCGUGCAAUCACUGCAUUUGUGAGAGGUGUAUAACGAAAAGCAAGACCAAAGCUGAAGUAACUGAAAACUUUUACAUCAUCGUAUGCCCAGUGUGUAGCAAAGCACAUUGCCUCCCCUACACAAACAAAAUUCAGCUGAGGAACAAUUACCUGAGAGCAAAACCAGCCAAGAAUUACAUGCGCAGACAUGGCUUUCUAAGGUGGAGAUUUGACCACAGUGAAAGACCAGUCUACUGUGAAGCUUGUACGGACAGAAGAGUGGCAACCAAAAGAUGUAGAACAUGUGGAAUCAAUUAUUGUAACGAAUGUCUGCACUUAAAUCAUAGCAAGUCUGGUGCUCAAGACCACAUUUUCACCAAAGCACAUCAAGAAGAUCAUGAACAGUGGCACUGCUUACUGCACAGAAACACAGACCUCUCUGAAUACUGUCUGGAUGACCACGAACUCAUCUGUGGGUUCUGCAAGAACUCACUGCACAAUGACCAUGAGACUGUCCCCUUGGCAGCUACGUGUUCAAGAGAGGCUGCUUCCCUCUUUGAUACAAUUGCAAAAUUUAGAAAAGUACGCCAAGGAGUUGAUAAUGAUCUAAUGGAAGUUAUCCUGUUAAAAAAUAAUUUCAAGACCUAUAAGGACACCAAAAGGAAGGAGAUCAGAAAUGGAUUCUUAAAAUUACGUAUGGUUCUUCAUGAACAAGAAGAGGAGAUGGUAGAGUUGCUUGAAAACAUUGAACUUAAAAAACAGAAAGAAAUUUCAGAAUACAUAAACUAUACAUCCUGUCAGCUAUCAUAUAUGGAUGGACUUAUUCAGUACUCCAAAGAGGCUCUUAAGGAGGAAAGCCAGCUUGUGUUUCUGCAAUUGGCACACUGCUUAGUGAAAGAAAUAGAAAAUGCAGUUCCUUCCAUUUUCCAACCUAGUCCAUGCCUAAGAGAUGAUCCCUUAAGAAAACUUCAACUCAACUUUGAUGAACUUUUCUCCAUUUUACAGGGACUUGUCCCAUCCCUUAGUGGAAUAAAGCAGUCAGAAAGUGAGGCAGAAAAUUAUCCCUCUUCUCUUAAUCCAGACAUAAUGGUUCCAAGGCGUGUUUCAAGUACUCACAAAUCCAAGCAAGCAACAUUGUUCCAAAGCUCAUCUUUGUUUGAUUUAGGUGUGCUGCCUAAAGACGCUGUCAGAAGACCACACUCUACACCUCCCCAUCAUUCUACACAGAGUAAUGAAGCGUGUGCAUACCAGGAUACGGUCUGUGAAACUCCAAGAAAAGAAAGAAAACAUCACAUUGUUAAGUUUUCAAGUCCAGAACCUACAGACAAUGAAUCAGUCCCAGUCCCAGGACCUGUUGUUAUAUACCAGACAGCUGUUUACUCAAAAUGUGCCAAAAUUUACUGGACUUGUCCCACAGAAGACGUGGCUUUCUUUGAGGUAGAGUUUUAUGAAGUUGCUGGCAUUGGCCCUGAUAACAUCGUCCAGACACAACUAGCCAGCCAGCUGAGCAACAUACAGCAGCAGAACCUUGAGACAGGUAAUCUGGAUCCAAACACAGAAUAUCUUUUUAAAGUCCGUGCUGUCAAUGCAAGUGGUCAAGGAGAAUGGAGUGAGAUCUGUAAGAUAAUCACUUCAGAUGAAUAUGGGAAUAUCAAAGACAGGCGGGAGAAGCAGAAGAGUAUUCAGGGUGCUGUGCAUGAACCAUCUAGAUAG